GUCCCUCCCUAUGCUGCUACGCACGCACGGGCUGGGGACUCGAACCCGGCGGACGCUCCUCCUUCCUUCACGCGAGAGCUCCGCACACGCUGACAUGUGGACACACUCCGGGUAGAGCUCUACGCGCGACGAACCCCCAGGCGGGAAUAUGCGCAGAGGUGCAGAGGUGCGCCCCUGACUUGUUGUGCCGCUCUUGCUGGCGAGCACGUGGAGCGGACCAUGUUGAGCGCGGGAGCCCAGGCGUCGCCGAGCAGAGCCAGGAUCGGAGCCCCGCACUGACCGCCCCCGUUCAGCCCACCGGCAUGGACACUAAUGCGCUGCGCGCGCUCCGACUGUCCGUCACCGCGCUCAUAGUCAAUACCUUCGUGACAACUGGAUUGUCAGCUAUAGACAAAGCCAAUUUGAAGCCAAGAGUGUGCAAUGAAACAGCUCUGCUGAUUGAGAUUGAGAAAUGCGGGGAUCGGUUUCAACGUGACAUGAUGCAAGUGGACCCACAUAACUGGUGUAACUUAACACACUUUAUAAGGGAUUACAAUGUCUUCUCGUACUGCACGGAGUGGAGUGCCGAAGACAUCGGCUGCUACUGGCCCAAUCCCCUUGUGGAGAAUUACAUAAUUCGUGUGCACAAGCUCUUCUUCUCGAACUGCACUGUGGAGCCUAUUCUGUGGGUGGACCCGCCGGACAACAUGCUGGCCCUCCUCAUCCUCACCCCUGUCUUACUCACCUUGGUCAUGACCAUCUUGGUGGCGUGGUACAGCCGGCGAGGUGACAUCUUGGCCUAACACGUGGAGCUCACAACGUGCAGAGGGAUAUAUCCCUCUACCCCACCCCCAGGACAAGGCGCUCCUCCACCAUCCCUAUGCAUUUUCAGCGGACGAAAUGGAGUAAGAACUCCCAGAUGCCCCUCCCAGCAGGACUUCCUGAAGCCCAGUGCAAAUGCACCCAAAGGCCAAGAUGUAAAGAGGCAGCUGGUAGUGUGGUGGUUAGAACUACUGCCUUUGGCCCCCAAGGUCACAGGUUAAAACC